AUAAUUCCAAUAACCUUUCUGCAUAUGAGCACUGGCUUUGUAUGAAAAUGUAGUUAAACCGGUAUUACUCAGUGACUGUAAACUUAAAUGCGUCGAUGCGCAUCUGAGCCUACAUACCUCAGUUGAGGAGGCAUUGAGGAGGUUGAUUUACAAAUGAAGAUAUGCAUUCACAUAAUUCUGGAAGAAAGCAGGCUGAAGUAAGAGACUUAACACUCCAAUAGUCUUUUUACUGAAUGUACUAUUAAGUCUCUCCUCGUUUCACCUGGAAGCCGGACUCCGUGCUGGAGAUUACACUGCUCACCAUGGAACCCGGACUUGCUGAAGAUCUAUCCCACUGUGAAGAUGAGACAAUGGUUCCAGUACUGACAUCGAAAAAAGCCAGUGAAUUACCAGUGAAUGAAGUUGCGUGUUUGUUGCAGGCUGACCUGCAGUACGGCUUGACCAACAGUGAGGUGGCCCAUCGCCGUGCCUACCAUGGCUGGAAUGAGUUUGAUAUCAGUGAAGAUGAGCCACUCUGGAGGAAGUACAUUUCUCAGUUUAAAGAUCCCCUCAUCCUGUUGCUGCUGGCAUCCGCUGUCAUCAGCGUGCUAAUGCGACAGAUUGACGAUGCCGUCAGCAUCACCGUGGCCAUUAUUAUUGUUGUUACUGUUGCCUUUGUUCAGGAGUAUCGCUCUGAGAAGUCCCUGGAGGAGCUGGGGAAACUGGUGCCUCCUGAAUGCCACUGUGUGCGGCAGGGGCACAUGGAGCACCUUCUGGCACGUGAGCUGGUCCCAGGGGACACAGUCUGCCUGUCUGUGGGAGAGAGGGUCCCAGCCGACCUGCGUCUCUUUGAGGCGGCUGACCUGUCGAUAGACGAGUCGAGUCUAACAGGAGAGACCGCCCCCUGCCCCAAGUCCUCAGCUCCCCAGCCUGCAGCCACAAAUGGGGACAUAACCUCCCGCAGCAAUGUGGCCUUCAUGGGAACUCUGGUGCGCUGUGGCAAAGCGAAGGGCAUUGUCAUUGGAACUGGAGAAAACUCGGAGUUUGGCGAGGUCUUCAAGAUGAUGCAAGCAGAAGAGGCCCCAAAAACCCCUUUACAAAAAAGCAUGGAUCUUCUUGGAAAGCAGCUAUCCCUCUAUUCUUUUGGUAUCAUAGGAGUCAUCAUGCUUGUUGGAUGGCUUCAGGGAAAACAUAUAUUAGAUAUGUUCACCAUUGGUGUCAGCCUGGCGGUGGCAGCCAUCCCAGAAGGGCUCCCCAUCGUGGUGACCGUCACACUAGCGCUGGGUGUUAUGCGGAUGGUCAAGAAACGCGCCAUUAUCAAGAAGCUCCCCAUCGUUGAAACACUGGGCUGCUGCAAUGUGAUCUGCUCAGACAAGACGGGGACCCUGACGAAGAACGAGAUGACGGUCACUCAUCUGUUCACCUCCGACGGGCUCCACGCAGAGGUCACGGGCGUCGGCUACAACAACGCCGGAGAGGUUCUGCUGGACGGAGAAGUGGUCCACGGCUUCUCCAAUUCAUCCGUCACUAAAAUAGUGGAGGCUGGCUGCAUCUGCAACGAUGCCGUCAUCAGGAACAACACACUCAUGGGACGUCCCACAGAAGGAGCACUCAUUGCCCUGGCCAUGAAGAUGGGAUUGGAGGGGGUCAAUCAGGAGUACAUCCGAAGAGAGGAGCACCCUUUCUCCUCAGAGCAGAAGUGGAUGGCCGUCCGCUCUGUCCACCAAACUCAGCAGGACAAACCGGGAACAUACUACUUGAAAGGUGCCUACGAACAAGUUAUUCGCUUCUGCAGUUCCUACAACAGCAAAGGGGUGACACUGCCGCUGACCAGCCAGCAGAGGGAGCUGUACCAGCAACAAAAGAGCUACAUGGGCACAGCUGGUCUGAGAGUGCUGGCAUUUGCGUCGGGAUCUGAAUUGGGAACUCUCACUUUCCUGGGACUUGUGGGCAUCAUCGACCCCCCCAGAGAAGGGGUAAAAGAAGCAGUGGGCGCGCUCGUCAGCUCGGGUGUGGCCAUCAAGAUGAUCACCGGAGACUCCCAGGAGACCGCUGUGUCUAUUGCCAGCCGACUGGGCCUGUAUACCAAAGGGUCCCAGUCCCUCUCUGGAGAAGAAGUGGACCAGAUGGACAUUCAGCAGCUGUCACAUAUAGUUUCCCGGAUAGUGGUAUUCUACAGAGCUAGCCCCAGACACAAACUGAAGAUUGUCAAGUCUUUGCAGAACAUCGGUGCGGUGGUGGCAAUGACAGGGGACGGGGUCAAUGAUGCGGUGGCCCUUAAAGCCGCGGACAUCGGGGUGGCCAUGGGAAAGACGGGGACAGACGUCUGCAAGGAGGCAGCUGACAUGAUCCUGGUGGAUGAUGACUUCCAGACCAUCAUGUCAGCCAUUGAGGAAGGCAAAGGAAUUUACAACAACAUUAAGAAUUUUGUCAGGUUUCAGCUCAGCACGAGUAUUGCGGCUUUGACUCUAAUUUCCUUGGCUACUUUGAUGAAUUUCCCUAAUCCCCUAAAUGCCAUGCAGAUUCUGUGGAUUAAUAUCAUAAUGGACGGACCGCCAGCUCAAAGUCUGGGCGUGGAGCCAGUGGAUCUGGAUGUGAUCCGGAAGCCUCCGCGUAACGUAAGAGACAGCAUCAUCACCCGCAGCCUGAUUGUGAAGAUUCUGGUUUCGUCUCUCAUCAUCGUGUGCGGGACCCUCUUUGUGUUCUGGAGAGAGCUGCAAGACAACGUAAUCACCCCGCGGGACACCACCAUGACCUUCACCUGCUUCGUCUUCUUCGACAUGUUCAACGCACUGAGCUCCAGGUCGCAGACCCGUAUGGUGCAUGAGAUGGGCCUGUGCAGCAACAGGAUGUUCUGCUAUGCAGUUCUGGGCUCCAUCAUGGGCCAGCUGCUGGUCAUUUACUUCCCCCCGCUACAGAAGGUGUUCCAGACUGAGAGCCUCAGUAUUUUGGAUCUGCUUUUCCUCGUGGGGCUGACCUCCACUGUGUGCGUGGUCUCUGAGCUAAUAAAGAAGAUGGAGAGGUGGAGAGGCCGAGGGACAGGCAAAAUCGAGACAUCAGAUUCUUUCCACGAAGUAUGACGCAUGUUGCGUCCAGUGUGGAGAGAGCGGGGGGGGCUUGGAUUGGUGGGGUUGGGUUUUUGGGGUGGUGCCCUGCAGAGGACACAGACUGGAAAGUAAACACGGGAGCAGGUUUUCCUUCCGUGUACUGUUCAGUUUUUGGGCUUUUCGAGUGUAAUUUAUGAUGGGUUGUGCUGUCCUUACCUCAGAGGGGACAGUAGUGGUCAGAAACACAACCAGGCUUCAAUGCUGUGGUUUGCUGCUUGAAACUGUACAACCUUUCAAGAACAUUAUUUAUGAGGUUAACUGUUAACAAAGAGCGGUUAUUGACAUCAUUCUCAUUUUUAAAGGAAGCUUUCUGUCUUUUUUUAAACCACCUUUCUUUGAGCACAGGUGGCUGAUUAUAGCUUUUGUGGAACGAUAUGGCUCUCACAUUCACGCAUUCCAGCUCAUCUUGCUAGACUGGUUUGAGUCCCCGUGUAGUUGCUUUGAAAUAUGUAACUUCACAAUUUAGAAGACUACUUCUGUAAAAGAAAUGUGUGCGAUAAUUUUGUGUACAGAUUUUUGGAGGCAGUUACCACUAUAAAGUUGUGUAUUUUGUGGCUGAAUAGAUUUUUAUUUGGGGGGGGGGGGAUGAAAAAGAAUUUAGUUUGUCCAAAAGUGGAGUAUGUGUGAAUGUGGUCAGUAUGGUUUGGUGUUGGAUGCAAUGCCACUGCUAUCUGCUGCAUGCCUAGGGUGCUGGAAUAGUGCUGUGAUUUCACCAUGUUUGGUUAUUUUACUCUUUCAUUUUUACCUACAAAGGUAAUAAGUAGCCAAGGAAAAUUGACAAUUUUCUGUACAUCAUCAGUCCCUUUUAUUCUUUUUGAGUCAGACAUACUUGGGGUAUAAUUGAAUAAAUUAAUUGAGUUUAACUGCUACAGGCUUCUAUCCUUAGCUUUGAAUAACAAAUCAUAUAUAUAUAUGUAUAUAUAUAUAUAUAUAUAUAAAUGUAUUACGUUUAUAUGUACACAGACUAAUUCAUUCAUUUCAGUGACUGACAAACUUCUGGUAAUGUGUUUUAGAAAGAACAACACACUUGCUUACAAGUCACUCAAAGUUAAAGGUCCAGGAAACUGGAUUCAAAUUGUGGGUAUAUUCCCCACAAAAUAGUGGCAAGAGCAUCAUUUACAUAUUACAUGUGGGAAGGAUUUCACUGGGCUUAGCGCUUUUGUUACGUAACCAACACCUAGUUAACCCCGCCCACUGAAAACCUGACGUUUAUCCAAGGGGGAAAGCAAGCCAAUUUUGGCACAGGCUUUUGUAUGUUUUUUUAAUGCAAAAAAAUAUUAAAACAACACAUCAGCAAAGAAUUCAAAGAUUUCAGUUUCCUGGACCUUUAAGGAAGAUACUGCAGUUGCAGUUGGACUGAAUUCCUCCCCCAGUUUUAAGAUUUGCACAAAAAAAGAUUAAUGAAAGGGGUUAAGAUGAUGGUCGCUUUCAGGUUCAGCCAUGACCUCACAGGGAGCUCAUUCCAAGUUGAUUCCACUUCACAUGCCCCUCCUCCCCUCCCAGCCCGCACCCCACAUUCCUCUGUACCCACAGAAUGAAUAAUCAAGUAAACCAGAAUGUAGAAUAUAUAUUCAUUUGUACAAUUUUUGCUGUAAAAUGUGUGAUAUUAUUUAUCUGUCAUUUAUCCAAUGAUAUCCAUUUGCACUCUUGAUAGGAAGAUAACCUACUGUAUUUCUUUGAUUUGUAUGACAGAGAAGGGCCUUCUCAACACAUAUACUGGAGUGUUUACAUCUUCAGAUACCUCACCAAAUGAUUCAAGGCCUUUUCUCCACAGGCGAGGCAGCAGCUUCUCUCUGAUGUUUCUUUAACUGGGGUGACUUUUGACCCCUCAUAGCUUUUCUUUGCUUUGAUCCACCUGACAGGUCCAAGUUGAGCUAGUAACAGCCCUUGUGUGUGUGCUGCUUCUCUUCCAAAAGGUACAAGUAAGGACCAUCAGUGUGAAAAUACUGGCUGUGCUUCUUGUUUUGUGUUCACACAGCUGAAACCAGUACUCUGUUGUGGCAGUUGGAGAAUAAAUCUGUACAUUAAAAUUUUUAUAAACCUUUUA